CGUCAACAAAUUCAGUUUAGUUUGUAAAUUGGAACAAUUAACUUUGACCAGAAUAAAUUUCUACUUCCAACUGUAUUCGUUUUAAUUUGAUUCAUCUCCAAGGUAUUAAUUCAUCUUAAUCAUAUUACAAUGAAGUCAAUAAUUGGUUUAAUUUGUGUUGUUGGUUUAAUUGCCACCGUAUUAUCAGCACCAGCUGAACAUAAUCAUGAUGGACACUCACAUGGUCCAAUGAACAAUGAAACCGCUCAUUCUGCUGGUCACUCUCACUCCCAUGAACAUCACAACCAUACCGAUGAAGCCUCUCACUCUGAUCAUCAUGCAAUCUCCUUCCAACAUGGACAUGACCAUGGGCACGAUCAUCAUCAUCAUAAUUCCCUCUCCUCAAAUCAUUCCCAUGACAAUGACCAUUACGAGAACGAUGGUCAUUCGACUCAUAAACCCGGUGACAAUGUUCAUCCACUUGAUCUUCACGUCAAAUGCCACGGAGAGUAUUCACCUUCCACCCAAUGUGCCAAUGGAACCAACUCUUCAAACCUUUACUGGUUCGAUAUGGGACGAAAAGUUUGUAACAAGUUCGAAGAUGGAAAAUGUCCUUCCGCCGAAAGUAAAAAUUCAUUCACUUCAAUGGACGAUUGUCUCAAAUGUAUUGUCGAUUCAGCUGCAACCACAAAAGCCGCUGCUCCCGUUACCCCACCUCCACCUCCCACUGUAUCCUCAUCAUCAGCAGCUUCACCAACCGCUCCCGUUACUACAACAUCAACAUCAACCACAACCACUUCAGCCCCAAGUACUGCCGCUGCGACUGUUGCAUCAAGCGCCGCUCCAAUGGCCACUUCCUUACCUUCAACCACGGUUAAGGCUUAAACUAAACUUUUCCUCCUUAUCGAAGGCUAAUUAACAAUAAUCAAUUUCAUUCAAUAAUUUAUUUCCCUGCAACUAUUUUGCUUUUAUCCCAUUAACAUGAAACCAUCAAAUCUGUAAUCACAAUCAUUUAAUCAACUGCAAUAAACUUUGGAAAUUAAAAAUUUUCACAAA